AACUAGCUAGCUUCACGUUCAAAAGGAAGCCUCGUCACGUUUCGAGACUUUUUCUUCAAUGAGUUUGAUGUCUGAUUACACCCACAGGCAGCAGAUGUUGUUCCUCCGUUUUCCCUCUCAUGUAUUUCUUGUCGUCUUCUUUUUUUCAUCCCCCCCUCCUCUCGAAACCAGCCCCCUUUCUGGGUCCUGUCUUGUCCUGCUGUAUACAGUACGAAAGCUUCACAAAUCCCUCAUCUUUCCGUACGGACACGACACUCCGUCCGUGGGAGACUCUUUUGGCGCGUCCUGAGAGAAAUCAUUUCCUCAUAGUUUAAUCUGAAAUGGGUUGUUUUCAGUCAGAUUUCCGUUCGUAGUUAAGGUCUGAACGGAUUUACUUGUUAAAAAAAGCUUCGAGAAGUUGCUACAAGUGGUAGCAUUGCUGUGCUGAGCUAUCGCUGGGCGAGCCGUUAGCGUCGCGCGCGCACGGACUGCGCGAGGCGUGCGGCGCGAGAUGUCUCACGAGCUGUCCGAUCUGAGGGAUUUAAAAAGUUUAAACUCGGAUUAUUAACGGAAUCUAACGGAAAUUUCGUCAAAAUGAACCGACGGCGUGGACGGAUAUUUUAAAGAUUAAAAAAAAGAGAGAGAAAUAUAUAUCUUUAUAUAUAUAUCUCGAAAUACUUGAGGUGAUCUUCACUUUGACGAGUUCUUAAGAGUGGAAACUUGCUCGUGGGAAUCAAUGCGGUUUCAGUCGAAAGGACGUGCGGUCCGAAACUCACCUAAACGUUGAUACGUCUUGGGAGUGAUGCACUGGCUUCCCCUGGUUGCCAUGGUGAUUGCCUCGGCCCUGUUCUUCCCUGAUUGUCCCAGUGUGCCCAGGCUUGUAGCUGCAACAAUGGAGCCUGGCAACAACUUCAGCACCAGUUUACUGGUAAAUCCAAUCUCCAAAUCCAGCGAUUCUCAUGCGGAAUACAUGUCAAGUGAUAAAAAAGCAGCGGAAAAAUUACCUCGCAGGACGGCAGAUACACACGUUCAAAUCGAUCUGACAGUUAACGGCACAUCUUCGUUUAUGAAUGAGGACUUUUCACCUGAAAGGCAUCAGUACAAGAAGGCAAAGGCAGGCAGGAUGAACCUCGGGUUGCAAACUUCGAGCAAACUUCAAGGACGACACAAUUCCCAAGAGAACCACAUACUUAGGGACUACACAUCAACAGAUGGUCAGUUUCAGGAGGAUAGCAAGCUAGAAACUCAUAUUGAAGGAGAUGGGACUAAAGACAAUGGGCCGAAUACGAAAAACGAGGAGGUGUCAACAGAAAGAAAGACUUUUAAAGAGUGGCCAAUGGACCUGCACCCUGUAGAUGGGCCAACAAACAAAGAGGAUCUGCGGGAGGGGGGUGGAGAAGGAACAAGGGAAAAUACAUUGCCCACGAUGCCCGCUGUGCCUCCUGAGGGCUUGGGAUUGGGCCUAGAUGGACUCCUGCAGAUGGAUGAUGAACUUUUGCUGCUGGAUACAAACCCUCGAGUGCGGUUCUCCACGUCCCCUUUGCCUCCCAAACAUCCUCCUUUGCAGAUAAUGCUGGAAUUGGGGCUCAUGCCCGAGCAACAGGAAGAACAUGGAAUGGACGACAAGGGGUUAAAGUUGGAGAAAAGCGAAGAUGAAGAAUCCUACAAGAACCUCCUGCUGGAUUUAUCAGACUCAUCAGGGAAUGCGACACCAUCCCUGCGCCGUAGAAAGCGGCAACUCGCACACACGGGCAUUGAGCGCUCGGUUUGUGAGUCUACAAGCAGCUGGGUGAUGGACCGGCGAACAGCGAUUGACGUACACAUGCAAAAUGUCACCGUACUGGACAAAUUUCCCACCAAGAAGGGCAUGAUGAUGCAGUACUUCUACGAGACACGGUGCCGUGGGCCAGAUCACCGCGGAGUACAAGCAGGGGAGCAUGGUGUGGCCGGAGCUGGCUGCCUUGGCGUGGACAAGCGCCAUUGGGUGAGCGAGUGUCAGACCAAGCAGUCAUAUGUGAGAGCGUUCACGUCAGACAACACCAGGGGGACAGGAUGGAGGUGGAUCCGCAUCGAUACGUCCUGUGUCUGCGUGUUGUACUCGAGGACACAAAAGAACCGAGCCUUAACCACACGUCAGGGGACAAGAUGAGAGUGGGAUGGGGAACAAUUAAGCGAUAUACACUCACCUGGUUAUGGUCAUGUUAUCAGGUACAAAGUGCCUUAUAGCCCAUAACAUCUACCCCAUCCAUCAUUGCAAACGGAUCACCGUAAGAGCAGAUAUUUGGGAGAUAUUUGAGUUCAUUCUUAGUACAGCAGUCACACUGACAUGGUAGAGUUUGUGGUGCGGGUACGAAUGGAUAAGCCGCAGCAGUGUUGUUGUUGUUGUUGUUGUUGUUAUUGUUGGGGUUUUAAACACCUCAUAGUCUCUGCUAGGAUGAAAAAGCGUCCAUUAACCAAAAAUCUCCAACUAAAGUUUUAGUAAACUGAAACUGGUAAAAGAUGGAGGAAGAUACACACACUGUACAAGGAAUGUGUGAUCUUUAGUCACCUACAUGGUGACCAACAAAUUAGGUGUCUAUAAUACAGUGCAUCAUGCGUACAUGUUUAAAACCCCAAUGACCUUCACACUACACACGUUACUAUGCCAUUGUACAUGAUAAGCAAUUGGCUUACC